CUGACGAAAACCUGACAUGUGACUAUGGCUGUUUACAAGACAGCAGGAAAUUCUCCAACUUUUGCUCCGCUGUCGUUGUUUUCUGUUUAUUUGGCGUUAUAACGCUCCAGUAUGUGUCAGUCGCUGGAUAUCCAGGCCCGUCUUACUUAGAACGGCUUCUCUUCACCGGGUGAACAUGUUGGAGGCCUCUCCGCGGCUGGAGAACAUCUCCCUGGAGGUAGCCGUGCUCCCCGAUCAGCAGCACUGCGGAGAUGUAGCGCACAUCCAGAAAGCCGAGCUGGCUCCGGACGGCUCUCUGCUCGCGUGUCUGGAGGUCCAGGGGCGGCUGGUGCUGUGGAAGGCGGCGGACAGAAAGCUUCCUCCGGUUGCAGUGGACGGCUGCUACAGAGACUGUUUGUGGGAGGAGGUGAGCGUCCACAGUCUCAGGCUGCUGGCUGUGGCAUCUCAGUGGGACCUGACGCUGCUGGAGGUGGAAGCAGAACGUUCGGCGCCCGUCUCCCUGCUCUGUGUCGGCGAAUGCGCUGCACCCGACCUGCUUCAGACGGUCAAACAGCAGGACCCCAAUGUGGCUGAGCUGCAGUCCCUGCGCGUGUUGUGCUUCUCUGCUGGCUGCUGCUGCCUGCUGCUCAACAGGAAGUGGCUGCUGCAGGUGCAGUGGCAGCAGGUGGGGGAGCAGCCGCAGACGAUGUGCUGCCACAGCCUCCAGCUGGCAGACGGCAGCACUCUUGAUGCUGUCCACCACUGCGUCUGCAGAGACACGCUGUUCAUCCUCAGCACCACUGGACUCAUCUCUGUGUUCAGCAUCGCCGGUGGCAGCCUGCUGGCCAGCAUCGACCUGCCGGCCUACCUGAGCUCUGGCCUGGCAGAGGAAGCCGUCGCCUCGUUUUCAUCCUCCUUCUGCCUGCUUCAGGUGUCACCUGAUCUGAGUACAGCCGUAGUGGUGACUCAGUCUCAUGCUGCUUUCGCCAUUGACCUCAACCACUACUUCAGGGUGCAUCCAGACCACCUGCUGUGUGCAGUCCCCACCCCUCGCCCCUCUCUCCAGCCACAGCACACCAGAGACCAGGACAGCCUGCCGAGCUCCAGCUGUAGUGUCACCGCGCUGGGAUUCACCUUCGGUGUCGACCGCUCCUGGGAAGCUUGCCUGGCCUCCAUGUACAAUAAAGCCCUUCAUCCUCCGCCUGCCUCUCAGCUCGCUGGAGAUUCCUGGUCCUCCUCUCUCCCCCACUUGCACUCCCACUGGGCUACGUCUUCAGGCUGCAGCAGAGUCCCUGCUGGUGGGGCAACCACCGGAUUCUCCAUCCAAGAACCGUCCACCCCAUCUCUGCUCACCGUCUCUGAUUUCUCUGCCCUGCUGACCUUCGUCUCGCCUGGAAACAGACAAACCACAGUGGCCUUUUGGGAUUUGGAGUCUGGGAGUGUGAGCUACCACCAGGCAGAGAGCGUGGCGGUUCCAGUUCAGCACAGUGGACUGAGACAGCACAGACUGCUGCUCAAGAAUUCUGGUAUGUUUCAGGUCUUGUUCUCAGUUUCCCAACAGGACUUGCUCAGUAGGUUGAUGCUGUUUGGAAGUGCAGCAACCGUAGAUGCAGUUUGUCACCUGAACAACUGGGGGCGCUGCUCCAUUCCCGUUCACGCCCUGCAGGCUGGUCUGAAGAACCGUCAGCUGGAUACAGUGGAGUUCUACCUAAAGAGCAAAGAAAACAUCCUGAACCCACCAACAGCGUUGGGUGCUGUGGAUCAGCCUGCAGCCUCCAGUUGGAGUCUGUCUGAGAGUGUCCGGGAGCUGUGUCCUGCGUUGGACCUGCUGUGCUCAGCCGUCAGAGAAUCAAACAGUGAUGCUCAGAGCCGCCAGUUCUCAGAACAGCUUCUCAACAUCACAGUGAACUUUGUGAACACUCAGAUCCGCUCGGUGCUGUCUGGCCCACACCAUGAUGACGCAGGUGUUCAGAACUGUGUGGACGUUCUGGACCAGUACCUCACUGAGCUGAGGACCUACUUAAAGAGGUUUCCCUGGCCUGCAGGUGGGGACACCUCCAACACAGCUGCUGCUCCUCAGGAGGAUGAGUGGGAGCAGCUGGCGACAGAGGAAGUGGUUCGUCAUUCCAUCCUGACCAAUCAGAUCCCCAGAGCUCAGGCUGUCCUGAGGCGGCGCAGACAUCCAGAGCAGCAACUGUCACUUCUGAGGAUGGAGGGUCUCCAGCAGGCCUUCAUCUGCCUGCAGCGCAGAGACCUGCACACGGCCAGCAGGCUCCUCGUCAACAUGGGAUUCAGUGUGUUGAAGCAGCUCCACAGUAUCUGUCUGUACACUGACAACAAGGACCUCAGGGACUUUGUGGUGGAGGAACUCUCAAGGCACAGUUAUUUUCCAGAGGAGCAGAUGCAGAGUGUGUUGUUUUUAAAGCAGCUGGAGAGGCUGGAAUUGCUGUCUGCGUCCCGCUGUUCAACAAGUCUAAUAUCACAAAGGGUGGUUCGGAUGGUUUGCAGGGAGGAGGGAGCUGUUCAGGAGGUUCUGAGGGAGCUGGUAGAGCAGAGGAGGCCAGGUGGAGAAAGGGGGCUUUGGCAGAAUCUGAGAUUGGACUGGGUGAGGAACUGGGACCAGAGCUGCAGGACCACCAUCCUCCUGUCCAGACUUUCCCACGCUGAGUUGAGCCCCUGUGAUCCGGCUGUGUUGUGGCGUUAUCUGACCGCCCUCCACGACCAGAGCCGGGUGGCCAGCUGGUUCCAGAACAAGGAGACCACAGGCACUCAGUGGCCAGAGUUGACCCCAGAACUGGUCAACAGCAGCACAGUGUGCAGCACCUACCUGAGGCAGAACAUCCUGGACCUGCUGGCUAGGAGCGGUGUGUUCAUCCCAGAGGAGCUGGCAGACCUGCAGCUGCUGCUGUGGAGGUUGGCUCGAGGUGGAGGGGUGAUGGCGCCGUCUCCGCCGGUCCCUCGGUACCGCUCGUCGCUCGGCAUCGACCUCCACGGCCUCUUCAUCGCCUUCUGUCUGGAUCACAACCUGCAGUACCUGCUCUACACCUACCUGGAGCACUACCGACUGACGCCCAGAAACUGCCCCCUGCUGAGCAGCCAGAGCCUGUCUGGACGCCAGCCCUGGUUUGAGAUGCUGGUGAAGAUCCAGGAGAUCACCAGAGAUCUGUCAGAUCCAGUUCUGGUCUUCCAGGCCAGUCUCACCAGUGCCCAGGUUCUGUUACCAGGGAGCCAGGCAUCUCUCAGCAGUGUGCUGCUGGAGGGACACAGUCUGUUGGCGCUGGCUGCCAUCAUGUUUGCACCUGGAGGAAUCGACCAGGUCAUGGUUCAGGGCCAGAGGUCCGGCUGCUCAGACAGAACAGUCGACCCUCAGCUCCUGAAAAUGGCGCUGGCCUCCCACCUCAAGCUGAAGGCAGCACUGUUCCCCACUGGAUCUCGAGGAACCGGCCCGUCUUCUGACAUCUCCCUGUACCACCUGCUGCAGUCUCUCCAUCCUUUGGACCCAUCCAGGCUGUUUGGAUGGCAGACGGCGAAUACCCUGAGCUCAGCUGAAACCUCAGAGCUGCCUCACUUCUCCAGCCCUCACCUGGUCAACAGGUUCGCCCUCGUGGAGAACCUUGACUUCCUGUACUACCUGCGUCACGGCCGUCCAUCCUUCGCCUUUGCCACCUUUGUGGUCCAGCAGCUAAACAGUUGCUGUGAUGUCAAACUCCUACUGCAGGAGGCUGGGCAGCAGGUGUACCGCUUGGCCCUGCGGUCCUUCAACGCCCCAUCUGUGACCUCCGCGGCGGUUUGCUUCUGCGAGCUGCUUGGAGUCUGCAGCCUCAAACUGAGAGUCGACAUCAGCGCCUUGAACUGCAUCCUGCAGCACUGGAUCCACGAUAACACACGCGCGUCUCUGGCAUCGCACCUACACAUUCUGGUGUCUAAAGGUGUUAAGCUGGUGGAGGCGGAGCCUGGAGCAGCAGAGGAGCUGAUUGGCUACUUGGAGGCUGCAGUGACAGACAGUCUGGAGCAAAAGGGCAUCGGCAGAUCAUCAUAUGAAGCAGCGCAGGAGUGGGCGUUGCCCGUGCAGUUCUGUCAGCUCCACAGUCUGAGGCUCAGCUCUGUUUACCCCUCCCACUGCGCCUCUGACGGACAGUUCAUCCACUUCCUGUUGUUUGUCCAACUGCACAACUUCCCAUCACAGCAGGUGAAAUCUCUGGCAGCUCAGUUUGGCCCCGCCCUGCAGGCCCACCUGAGCCUAGCGUUUCAGGACCUGCAGCUGUACAGUCAGAGCGGGAGCUGUGGCCCUGAAGCCCAGGGCCACACGCUGAGCAGAGAAGAGGCCUCUGAGAGUUUGGAGCAGCCCAUGGAGCUGGUCCAGGUCCUGCUGCGGAGUCAGGAGGAGGCGUCACCCUGCAGAUACUUGCUGCAGGAGGCUGUGGUGCUACGCUGCCCGAUGCUGGCUAUACUGGCUGCCUGUCAACAGCUCACAGACCCACUGUCCUGCCUGUGCGUGUGGGUGUUGACUUCUGCUGACAUUGUCACUGCUGGAGAAGCCACCACUCACCUGGCUGAAGCCCUUCAACGUCACGAAUGGACUUUACACGACCUGUCAAUUAUCUGGAGGACGCUGCUGGGGCGGGGCUGCGUCAGGCCCCUCCUCCGAGGCUUUGAGCUGUUCCACAAGGACUGUCCUCUGGUGCUGGUUUUGAAGAUGUUCGAGUUGUGUUGCGACUACAGAAAUUACUCUGAGGCCAAAGCGAAGCUGCUGGACUUCCAGAGGACACUCAUCACUCUGAGGAACAGCAGCCCCUCGCCCCCUGGUGGACUCCCGCUGCCGUGGGUGGAGAGCCAGGCCUCCGUGCUGCUCCUCACUAUGCUGCAGCGCCGCUCGUCCCAGUACGACCUGCACCAACUGCUGCAUCUGCUGGCCGACGUCGACAAACUGCUCAAAUCCAACGGACCUGACUUCAGGAAGCUGAGUCAGCUCAGUGAGUUGCUGCAGGGGACAGGGGUCAGCGUGGCGCCCAGGCUGCUGCAGUCCUGCUCAGCCUCCGUCCAGCAGAGGGAGCUCCAGGCUGUGGUGGACGCUCUGCAGGCUAGAGGACGCUACAGCGAGGCUCGGCAGGUGUCUGUGCUGGCGGGUCUGCCCGUCCAGCGCCUGCUUCUCAGCCAGCUACUUCAGGAAGUGAACUCCCAGAAGUCUAAGCUUCAGUGGCGACGGCUGGAGACACGAGUCAGUUUCUGGAAGAAAUGUCAUGAUCAGCUGAUGAGUGAAGGGACUGACCCAGAAUCAGCCUCCCAGUUCUUCCUGUCUCAGACCGAGCCUGAGGCUGAAGAGGCCCAGAUGGACCUGCAGGACGCCCAGGAGCGCUGUCUGCUGCUGGGGUUUACUGCUCACUGGCUAUCCCUGCUCAACCCGGCUCCCCUGGACAAACUGGAGAGCUUGGAGAAGAAGCUGUGGAUCAACCGGGUCCGACAACACGUUCUAAUUGUCGCUGUGGAGAAGGAGAGCAUUUUUAACUUGACACCAGUCGCUGUCACACCUGAAGCCAACACCUGUGAAGUGCUUAUGAAGGAGUUCUCCUUCUCCAACAUAUCAAGCCUGAACACAGAGGCGUGCCUCAGUCUGGAGGGACUCCCAGGUCCCCCCCAGGACCAAACAGAGUUGAAUCCAGAGGAACAGAGUGUCCUGACCUCAUUAAUCAAUCAGUUAUUAGAUGAGGGCUUUGUCCACGAAGCCAGCCGGGUCUGCCGUUACUUCUCCCUGCAUCACCCGGACAUAUGGGUGGUGCUGCGCUGCCACGGCCUGGCAUCAGGGAAGCUGAACCCUGAGACACUUGAAGAGUCUCCAGAGGCUUCACAAAGGAGCAGCUUCACCAGCUCUCCUUCUUUCAGCAGCCUGUCCUCAUUCGUGAUGCUCCCCCUACUUGAAGAUGAGGUCACUGUCCAGCUUCAGAGACUGGUGGACCAGUGUCGCCAUGGCAGCAGCUACUGUAAACAAGUGCUCAGCCUGUACCAGCUGUCCAAGGAGCUGCAGUGUUCCUUCAGCGAGUUCUGCCGGGAGGAGCCUCGCUCUGUGCUGGAGAAGCUGCUGCUGUCAGAGCAGACAGAGCGUUUCAGGAAGGCUCAGGCCUUCAUCAAAGCCCAGUGUCUGUCUGCAGACACCGUGGCUGAGCUGGUGUCAUCUGCUGUGGUGCGCGCACACCUGGCCUCCACCCAGGAGAUGCAGCCAGAGAGGCAGAUACUUAGGCCAUCGGAGGGACGAGACUCACUGGUCCAGCUGAUCAAACUGUGUGAAGACCCGAACCUGGUGGGAGUGAAACUGCUCGAGGACCUCAACACGGUUCCACUGCGAGACCUGAGCUGCAUUGUGGAGCUGUUAAUCGUGGCUCAUGACUGUUUCAGUAUCACCUGUAACAUGGAGGGGAUCGUCAGGGUGCUCCAGGCCGCCCGUCACCUCAGCCACACCUACCUCGCCCCAGGAGAGCACUACAGUCUGCUGGUCCGUCUUCUGACGGGUAUCGGCAGGUACGGAGAAAUGACCUACGUCUUUGACCUGCUGCACCAGAGCCAUCGCUUCGAGAUGCUGCUGAGGAAGAAGGUGGACACGGACAGAAGACAGAGCUCCAGCCUGAAGACUGCUCUGCUGGAUUACAUAAAGCGCUGCCUCCCUGCAGACAGCGAGAAGCACAACAUGGUGGCACUGUGUUUUACCAUGAGGAGGGAGAUCGGAGAGAACCACGAGAUGGCAGCCAUGACCCAGCUGAAGAUCAUCGAGUCUCAGGCCUGGGUGAUCACUCCUGAUCUGAAGAAGUCUUUGGUCAAGGUUCUGGGCCUGCUGAAGGAUGCGGCAGAGAGUUUCUCCAAGGACUCAUGCAUACGUCAGGCCACUCGCUGUGUCCACAUGGCCAAGCUGGUCACUCUGCAGCUGCACUUCCUCAACCAGGGAUCAGACCUGCGUGUCAUCAAUCUGCAGCCGGCAGACCUGCCGAAAACCAUCACACAGCUGCCUCUUUGCUUCCAGGUGUUUGUGGUGUCAGAGGCGUAUGGCUAUGCUCCGGACUGGGCUGAGAUUCUGUACCAGAAAGUUAUCUUCAAAGGAGACUUUGCUUAUCUGGAGGAGCUCAAGCACCACCGUCCACUGACCUCCAGCCUGUUUGAGGACAUUUUCAGGAGGCUGGACGGCGCCCCCAGCAGCGUCACGGUGAACGUGAAGCGUCUGCUGAGCCACUGCGAAGAUGUGUACAGUCGCUACAGACUGGCCUACCAGCACAACCUGUACGACGUGACCAAGCUGAUGCUGGAGGACACCAACACCUCCAGCUACCUGAAGGACAGACUCACCUGUUGAUGUUCUCCAGGACGCCGACUAACAAUCAUCUAGAAUCAACUUCUGUGUGUUCUGUCAAAUCUUCUGUGGAGAUUAGAAUCUCAUUUUCUCCCCCAACAGUUAAUUCAUAUUAAUAAACAAACCUUUCAAAUUAAAA